UAUCAGACUGCCGGUGUACGCUGUUUAUCGAUCGCACGUGAUCGUUGAGGCAAUAUUAUAAUAUUAAUAUUCACGGUCGGCACCGCGUAUUAUUAUUACUGUCGUACUAUCUCGUCAAGUCACAACACCGGCUCUCGCUAAUUUCGAUUGAGAAAUAAGUUCAUCUCGCGGUGAAAAAAUAUUUUCAUAAAUUAAGGUGGGUAUUUUUGCACCACAGACAGCACUACAUCACAAUACUGUGCACUGCACCUACGGUUAAUCCAAGUAUUACCGCACAGGUAAUAAUAUUGUUUUACCGCCGUCUACUGGAAAAUAAAAAAUAAACCAAAAAUGGAUUCCGAAUCGUUUAGAGAAUUUGGAAAGACCGUCAUUGACUACAUCGCAGACUACAUGGACAAUAUCCGAGACAGGCCCGUUCUGUCCACCGUCAAACCGGGAUAUCUGUACGAAUUGGUGCCGUCCGAGGCUCCGGUCAAAGGUGAAGAUUGGAAGACGGUGUUCGCCGACGUGGAGAACAUUAUCAUGCCCGGCAUUACACACUGGAGCUCGCCUCAGUUUCAUGCGUUUUUCCCGACCGGAAACUCGUAUCCGGCUCUCAUAGGCGACAUGCUGUGCAGCGGGAUCGGACCUAUAGGAUUUUCUUGGAUAACGAGUCCAGCGUGUACCGAACUCGAAGUGCAAGUUAUGAAUUGGUUCGGAAAAAUAUUAGACUUGCCGAAAGAAUUCUUGAACGAGUCCGAAGGACCCGGUGGUGGUGUUCUCCAGGGCAGCGCUAGCGAAGCCACGUUCGUGUGCUUGUUGGCAGCCAAAGACCGCACGACGAAGCGAAUCAAAGCACUCGAUCCGAGCAUGACUGACGGCGAGAUCAAGGCAAAACUGGUGGCCUACACUUCCGAUCAGUCCAAUUCGAGUGUGGAAAAAGCCGGUCUCCUAGGAUCGAUGCCGAUGCGAAUGCUCAAGGCGGACAAAAGCGGUCGGAUGACCGGGCCCAUACUGGCCGAAGCCAUGGCCGAAGACAUCGCCCAAGGGUUGAUACCAUGUUACGUGGUUGCCACGUUGGGCACCACUGGCACUUGCGCGUUCGACUGUCUGGAGGAGCUUGGCCCCAUCUGCAACGAAAAUGACAUUUGGCUGCACGUCGAUGCCGCUUAUGCAGGAGCCGCUUUUGUGUUGCCGGAAUAUAGAUAUCUGAUGGCGGGAGUGCAAUUCGCGGACUCGUUCGACGUCAACUUGCACAAGUGGCUCUUGGUUAACUUUGACUGUUCAGCCUUGUGGGUGAAGAACGCCACUUAUCUGGUGGAUGCGUUUAAUGUGGACCGGGUGUACUUGAAUCACAGCUUCCAGAGCCAGGAUCCCCAAGUUCCGGAUUACAGACAUUGGCAAAUACCGUUGGGCCGGAGGUUCAGAUCUUUGAAAAUGUGGUUCGUAUUGAGGAUGUAUGGCGUAGAGGGUCUACAGGCGCACAUCAAAAAGCAGGUCCACUUAGCUGACUUAUUCGGAAAGUUCGUCAGCCAGGACCCAAGGUUCGAAGUUGUCACCGUCACCAUGGGAUUGGUUUGCUUCCGAUUAAAGGGUGACAACGUCUGGACGAAAAACCUUUACGAACGACUGAUGGCCAGCGGACAAAUCUACCUAGUCACGGCCACCGUACGGUCGAGGUUGGUCAUACGGUUCGUGGUCUGCAGCCGACUGACGGAAGAGGUCGACGUGCAGUUCGCAUGGGACGAGAUACGAGCGCAGGCUGAUCGCGUGGACAGCGAACGCGACGUGGCGCCCACGAGCAUUUGCAACGGCAUUACAGGAUCGUGGCCAAAGGAAAAGGCGGACUGCGAAGAACUCACCGCCGCCACUCCCAUCGUCGUCAAGUCUCUGACCCAAGGAUGAGCUAAUAUAUAUAUAUAUAUAGUUAUAGUCUUCAUAAUAUAUACCCUCACUGGUGUCGUUAUUGUUAAGGAUUAGGACGCACGAGAGCGAUCUGCUUUUGAAAUGUAUAAAAAUUAUUAUUACUAUUAUUAUAUUAUUUGUUAUUGUAGGUACCUAAUUUAAUUGAGUGUGGCAAUCGGGCAGUGGUAAAACGAGAAACCGAAAAAUCAUCACUCUCCGGCCAAAAAUUAAAUUUAUAAUUUUCGAUGCCUAUGUCUACACCUACCUAAAUAGGAAACAGAUAUUAUUUACUCGUAUUAUACCGUGUGUUUAAGCGUAUCGUGAUGAUAAUAAUAGUUUUUGUUUAAAAUAUUAUCUUUGAAAUCGUUAACCUCAUUUCGAUUCAACCUCUACUCUCUAUAUUAUGUACCAUAUUAUAUUUACAUAAAAAUAAAAACAUUUAAGUAAUUA